GGGGUCCCUUUUUUUCUGCCAGCCCAAAAAAUUAUGUGGAACAUAUGGGACACUCGGAUGAUCGCUAGAAGGCUGCGGUGAGGGUUCUGUAUUCACUUUAUGCGCGAAUCACCGGCCGAGACAACAGACCUGUCGCAAGGUUCCGAACAAAACCUCCCGACUCUGAUCAUCCCACCGCCAAAAUUGCAGACGACAUCAUGCCAAAGGCCGCCAAGCAGAAGAAGGGCGGAGGGCCCAGCGGCCCCUACGAUCGCAAGUCGAAGCCCGCCGCCAGCACCAACAUCUUCAAGUUCGACAAGGACUAUGGCCAGCAUAUUCUCAAGAACCCCGGCAUCAGCGACGCCAUUGUCGAAAAGGCCUACCUCAAGCCCACCGAUGUCGUCGUCGAAAUCGGUCCUGGUACCGGUAACAUCACCGUCCGCGCCCUGGAAAAGGCAAAGAAGGUCAUUGCCAUCGAUAUCGACCCCCGCAUGGGCGCCGAAGUAACCAAGCGCGUCCAAGGCACCCCCCUGGCCAAAAAGCUCGAAGUCAUCCUCGGUGACGUGAUCAAAAUGCCCGAAAUGCCCCCCUGCGACGCCCUCAUCUCCAACACACCCUACCAAAUCUCCUCUCCUCUGAUCUUCAAGAUGCUCGCCAUGCCCAACCCCCCCCGCGUGGCGGUCCUCAUGUUCCAGCGCGAGUUCGCCAAACGCCUCGUCGCCAAACCCGGCGACGCGCUCUACUCCCGUCUGUCGGUCAAUGUCAACUUUUGGGCCACCUGCAAGCACAUCAUGAAGGUGGGGAAACAAAACUUUAAGCCGCCUCCCAAGGUGGAGAGUGACGUUGUUAGGAUUGAGCCGUUGAUUGGGUCAGCGAGGCCGAAUAUUGCUUUUGAUGAGUUUGAUGGGUUGUUGAGGAUUGCGUUCAACAGGAAGAACAAGACGUUGAAUGCGUCGUUUGCGAUCAAGGAGGUUUUGGCCAUGUGUGAGAGGAAUUACAAGGUGUAUUGCUCGUUGAAUAAUAUUCCUGUUGAUGAAGGGGUUGCUGCUGCGGGGGUGGGGGCGGUGGUGGGGGAGGAAGAGGGGAUGGAUGUUGAUAUGGAUGAUGAUGGAGCGGAUGGGGAUGAUAAUGAGGAGGAGGAGGAGGAGGAGGAUAACGGGAUGGAUGUGGAAGACGAUGAGGAUAUGCCCGAGUUUUUCAAGGAGAUGAAGGACGAGGAGGACAAGGCCGCCGCUGCCAAAACGCCGAGCAGGAACCCCAAGUCAAAGGUUGCGAUGGUGGUCAAGGCCAAGGUCAACAAGGUGCUUGCGAGCACGGGGCUGGGGGAGAAGAGAGCGAGGCAGUGCGAUCAGAACGACUUUUUGAAGCUAUUGGUGGCGUUCCACGAGGAGGGUAUUCAUUUCUCCUAGUUUGUCGCCUGCUAAAGGAGAGGGGACUGGAGUUUUGGCGUUUCAGGGGCGGGCGGUACAAAAAAGGGUGGUUGUGGGUUAUUAUUGCAUUUACGAGCCAUGAUUUUAGAGAUACUGCGAUAUGAUACCAACAAUGAUGUCUGUGUUUGGUGUUGUU